AUGUGCACUAAAUGCAAGGCUACUUAUUUUCUUAAUGAAAAUAAAAGCUGUUCUUUUUCUACAAUUGAUAAUUGUGAUUUUGUGAUGAGCAAUGAUCCUAGCACUUGUCAACAGUGCUCAGCAGGGUAUUUCUGGGAUACUACUAAAUGCAAGGCCUGCAGUGUCCCAUUAAGGAAUUGUGACACUUGCUCAAGCUCAACGACUUGUUCGCUUUGCAAAACAGGCUAUUAUUGAAAUCUUAGUCAAUGCUCUGCAUGCAGAAAUGCACUAAAGAAUUGUCUAGAGUGCUCUUCAGACGGCACUUCAUGCUCAAAAUGCAAGAGUGGGUAUUACCCUAAUCAUGAAAAUAAAUGCACUGGAUCUGCACUCAAUUCUUGUGCUAAAGUUUCUAAUGAUAGGACUUGUAUAGCUUGCCCAAGCAAUAAAAUUUUUGCCUGCACUAAUGGCGGUGGUGCUUCACUUCCUAACUGCGCCGUUUCCUCUCCUGACAAUUCAGCUUGUGUAAAAUGCAAGCCUAAUUAUCAAAACAAAGGAGGAAUCUGUUAUGAAAGUAAUUUUUAUUUAGUGUGCUCUGAAAAUUGUUCUGAUUGCUCAUUAAAAAAUAUAUGCACUAUUUGUGAUUCAGGCUAUUUCCUUUAUGAUAGCAACGGAAAAACAACCUGCAUCUGUAACUUUUAUUUAGCUUGUACUGACUCGUGCACAGACUGUGAGCCAAAUCCAAAUUGUUUCUUGUGUGCUGACUUAGUUGUUCAAGAUGAGAGCUGGUGUAGGAUCGAUCAAGUAGGCUACAAGAUAAGUUUCAGCAAUCCUUUUAUCAUUAUUGAUUUUGCUCACUCGAGUUCGAAAAUAUUAACACUUGCUAGUUUAGAAGCUUUCACUAUUAGCAAUCAAAAUAUAGCUACGACCAAUUGGUUUAUCAGUUCAAGAUCAGAUACUCAGUUGCAGAUUCAGACUGAUAAUGUGAGAGAAGCAGAUCUUCCAAUUAAUCUUAAAAUCUCAUAUCGUUAA